AUGCCGGUCGAAAAUCUCGAAGAUGAAGGUUUGCCUAAAAAUCCUAACCUUGAGUUAGCAGCUUGGCGUUUCACCCUUAACAAUCCAGAAGGAAAAGAUAAGGAAGAUGCAAAGAAACGGCUUAUGGACGCCAUCAAAGAAAACGGUAUGUCACGAUUGUUUUGUGCUCUGUCAUCUCGAUCACUCGAUCACAUGUUGAACGAACACUUCGAUGUCAUGGGAGUAAGAAAUUUUGUUGCUGUUUAUUUGUUAGGCGUCUAGGCAAUCAAGGAAGUUACCAAGGAAAUAAAGAUUUUUUUUAAAUAAUUGAUUAUAACAGGUCUAUCCAAUGCAAGCAUUAUGUGUAGUGACUAAGCUCACAAAAUUUGUCCCUUCUGAUAUCUAACUAAUUUCAGGAAAUAAUAAUAGUAGCUCUGACGCUUGUGCACUCACUGAAGCACUAGAUCGAGGAUGUGUUAUCUACAUGUAUACCUUGAAAAACAGCUGAACUGCCAUGCAUUGUCUUGCUGACAUCACGCCUCCAAUAAAAUUGAAGCAUCUAUGCCAAAUAUUAUGUCGUGACAAUUUUUAUUUUGAAAAAAUUAACCCGCGCUUGAAACUCUUAACAGGCCAUCACAUCUGUGAUUACUUAAUGAAAAAAAGAAUGAUGGCUUUACAACAAAUGAUUGACAAAAAAAUACAUAAUUGUUUAUUUAGACGAUUUUGUCCAGUUUUUACCCUGGACAAAUUUUGUCCGUGGCAGAUUUUCCCGUUUGGGACAAAAUUUGUAAAAUUGUGACAAACCAUCUGCAUUUAAUUUGUUAAUCGUGUUGAUGACAGAAAUUAAUUUGUCUAAAGAUAAAGAUUUUUUUGCUAGUGUGGAUAGGCACUUGGUGGGUGAUAAAAUAAUAAUGUCACUCAUCCAAUAAUUUUCUGUCAUUGGAGAAUUGGUGUAAAACUUUGUAAUUUGGUCAGUGCAUUAGGGCAUGAUGAAAAAUAAGCUGAGAGAUUUAGGCCAAUUAGUAAUGGACUAUUAUUAUGAAUAAUUAAGGGAAAAAAGUUCUGUACAGCUGUAGAUCUUCAGAUGUCAAAUUACAACACAGAUGUAGGUCUCCAUUUUCUAUAGUCCUUGAUAUCAUCAUUAACAUAAUUUUACAUGUAUGUGAUCUGUGAAUCACUUGACAAAACAUCCCUGUAGAUUGCAGGGUGGUCACAGCUGGCAUCCCUGUUCAAUGUUAGAGCCCAACAAUAAAUUUUGAUGGCUUCCCCCUUCUUUCCUGGAAUUUAAAGCCGUUAUUUUAAAUACAAACUAACUCUUUCUUGGCUAGUAUCAAUAAGUUGAUUUUUGUGCAUAUCCCUAAUGUAGACAUGGCACCACUCUAUGAAGAGCUUUGCACGGAGCUUAAAUGGCCUGUUGAUAAACCUCUUCUGGCGAAGAUGCAGGCAAACAAUGAAGAGAAGUUAAAAAAGCUUGACGAAACCCUCAAAGAUGCCGAGGAAAAUUUAGGAGAGACAGAAAUCAGAGAUGCAUUGUAUGCUAAGGCAGAAUAUCUCUGUCAGAUUGGGGAUAAGGUUUGUACCGAUAAUGGCUUUGAUUUUCUUUUCUGUUAGUAGGAUCCCUUAUGAUUACUACUUGUCAUCAUUGAUGAGAUGAGUUAAUGCCUUAAGGGUUUUAUUGCUCUGUUGUGAUGAUUAUUUUUAUAUAUUUUAAAAAUGUAUAUUUUUUUUCAUUUCCAGGAAAAAGCCCUGACUGUGUUCCGCCUUGCAUAUGAGAAAGCAGUAGCCCUUGGAUACAAGCUGGAUAUCAUAUUUUAUCAAAUUCGCAUCGGCUUGUUUUACCUUGACAAUGACCUUAUCACACGGAACAUAGAUAAAGCCAAGACGUAAGUACAGGCUAUCGUACGGUUUCUUACUUAACUAAGUGAUAUCAUCUUUACUCAGAGGCUGCUAGUAUUGUGUGGACAAUUUUAUCUUUAAUCCCUCUGUUUCAAACUGCUGACAAUAACAUUUUUUUACAUAACUGAAGUACAUAUAAAUGGUCAUAAGAUUGUAGCUUAUGCAAUUUUAUUGGCACAUUAUAAGUUACAAGAUGAUAAGAUCACCAUAUUUGUCACUUGUACCAGUAUCUUAGAUUAGCUAAAAUAGUUGUUAAAAAUGAUUGAAAAAUAGUGAUAAUUAUUAACGGAUACUGUAUAAUGUAUACUAUAACUUGUUUUCUAUCAGCCUUAUAGAGGAAGGUGGUGACUGGGAUCGCCGUAACAGACUCAAAGUGUACCAGGGAAUCUACUUUUUAUCGAUCCGCGACUUCAAAUCUGCUGCUAAUAACUUCCUAGACAGUAUAUCUACUUUCACAUCAUAUGAGCUGAUGGAUUACAAGACGUUUGUGACGUAUACUGUACUUGCAAGUAUGAUUGCACUAGAGAGGGUUGACCUAAGACAGAAGGUUGGUUACCACGAGUCAGCUUCUUAAUAUUCAACUUCUCAAUUCUGAAGUUAUGAAAUUUAAUCUUCAUUUCCUGUAUUAUCAUAAUACAGUCUCUUAAAGCAACCACCCAUCCAAAACACCAAAGAUUUCCAAGUCAAAACCUUACAGUUGGAACCUCUUGUAAAUAAUCGAUUCCUGUAUGCAACUUUGACCCCAUUUUUGGCUGACAGUUUAAAUAAUUUUCCAUUUAAACCUCUUGUAAGCAACCACUUGACACAGGAUCUGAUCUCUCUGUUCAAUGUGUGUAUUACAACUGUAGCUAUGCUACUUUUAUUUAGAGAAAAAGAAGGACUAUCAGGGCUGUGCUCUAGCAGAGCCCGGUGGCCCCUGGCACCUAACUUUUGCCCUUGGGCGACUAGAAAAUCUCAGAUUUUUCAUACAAAUCAUAUGCUGGGCACCCUAGAUUUUACAGUUUCAGAGCACUGGGCUCCCUUCAAUUUUCCUUAGAGCAUAGCCUUGACUAUUAGCAACAACAUGGAACUUAACAUAAUUUUAUUGCAACUUACUUUGCUGUACAAAGAACAGAUACAUGUACAACAAUAAUGUUGUUUCUCAUCUGUAGCAGUUUUUUACAAAAAUGUGUAUUUUAAUAGUUUAAUAAAGUUAGUUGUUGAUUUGUGGUAUUAAAACCACUUCCUACUUUGCAAAUGACAAAGAUAUUUUCAUGUUUAGGUUGUGAAUGGUGCUGAAAUCUUAGAAGUUCUUCAUCAGUUGCCAGUUGUAAACCAAUUCCUGACAUCCCUAUACAACUGCCACUAUGCUGAUUUCUUUGUAGCCUUGGGUAGGAAAGCUCUACUUUUUUUUUAAAUCCCUUUAUAAAAAUUAAAUUAAACCCGUGGGGAAGGUGCCUUGUAAACCUGAAGGGAGCCUCAAGCAAACCACCAGGCACCCUCACACUGAGAACCUCAGUGGAGAAAAAAUUUAAUGUGCAGAUAUUUACCAAAAAACAUCGAAAGCGAAGGAAGGGCUGGGAGCAAAGAGGGCUAAAGCUACAUGUACUGCACGUGAAAGCAACGUGAACGAAGUGAUUGACCUCAGCAAAAGCACUGUACAAUAAUUAUUGCUAAAGCCCAAGACCACCCUACUUAAUAAUAUGAUUGGUGAUCAAUGAACUUCAGAAGACCACUUGCAAACAUUGCCUGGUGUUUAAUCUCGCAUAAAUUUUGCAGUUAGCCAAAUAGUAUUUUGCUGGUGUCACAAUGGCUUGCAUACUUACAGAUGUGUGUACAGAUAAAGAUCAAAAAUGAUGAUGCUGUAUUUUCUCUCUCCGCAGCACAAGUAGAAGAUUUUCUCAAACAAGAUCGCUUGCUCUAUCCACACUGUAGAUACUACAUCAGGGAGAUGAGAAUACAUGCCUACACCCAGCUGUUGGAGUCAUACCGCAGUCUCACAUUGCAGUACAUGGCUAAUGCAUUUGGAGUUAGUGAGGAAUUCAUUGAUAAGUAAGAAAAGCACCAUUUAUUUAAAACAGAUUUAAGCUGAAUUCCGUUGCUGAAUUGCUUGUUACCAGCUCACUUCUAGCCUUGCUUAAAGCUUAUUUACACAGCAAUUUUUGUGUUUACAUGUACAGUGUAUGUGGUAAUUUUUUCACUUUGAAAUUGCCAUCGUUUUGAACCUGCUGGAAAUUUGAUGUGAUUUAUCAGUGAUUUCGUUGAUUUCCCCACCCCUCUCCCCUUACUGAGUAGUUUAUCACACAAUUAAAAUAAAUAUUUUCAAGAGAAAUUCCUUUUCAAAUAUUUUAUGUACAGUUCUUACUGUAUGCAUGUAUGUCACUCUGAGUACAUGUAGUACUGUAACAAUGUUGAAAUAAUUUUUUAUGUGUGUCAAACAUUGCCUGCAGCAAGAGGAGCCUCCAAUCCUAAAAGAAUGAAUGAAAUGCACCGAACACAAUUUGAUCAUGCAUGUUUGGUUCGUAAUUCAUUAACUCAUAAUAUAUUUAAUCAAACGUGUUUUGACCAUCUACCUGUAUCACAUGAAUCUUAAUGUAACCAAAGCACAGCCUUUCAGCAUAAGCAUUUUGACCUUCAAUCAUGGUGGCCUGCACUCUGCAACCUUUGGUUGUUAUUAGUUAUUACAUGUAUUAAAUUAAUAUAUUUUUUUAAUUUUUAGAGAGCUUUCAAGAUUCAUUGCCGCUGGAAGAUUGAACUGCAAAAUUGACAAAGUUGGAGGUGUUGUUGAAACUAACAGGUAAGUUUGUUUAGAUGUACAAUAAUGUGCUUCUGAUACUUAGCACUGUCACCACUCUUACAUGCUCCCAGUUCUAUUUUAGAGUUUCCUUGUAGGAGGAUGGUACAGGUCUGUCAUUUAAAGAAUUUAUUGUGUCUUGGGACAAAUUUUUUAUACAAACUGUUGUUGUUUUCUUUUUUGUGCACGAGAUGUGCAACUGAAACGUGUAUGUGUAGAAAACUGUAGAAAACUCCUUCAUUGUUGGCAGGUUAAUGUAGUGUUAUUCAUCCAUUCAUUCAUUCAUUUCUUUAUUUAUUUAUUUACUUAUUUACUUAAGUAUUAACAUGGUGACUUUGUUUCUUUUCAGGCCUGAUCACAAGAACUGGCAAUACCAGGUAUGACCAUUGUUUUUGACCCUUUAAACUUUUAUAUCAAAAUAUAAAUUCUCAUCUACUGUUACUAUACUUUUUCCAUAGAACUACUGUGGUGCAUCAAGUAUAUGAUUUACCUUGUGUGAUCAUUAUUUUUCUGAAUUCUCAUGCUCACUCUGUUGUAUAAAACAAAUAUAUAACAAGGAGAAAUUAUAUGCUGAUCACUAAAAGAGUAUUGAACAGUCAAUUAAGUAUUUUAUCGCCCUCUGUCGUCAUUUUAAAACUGUCUUUUUGUUUUAUUUUGUUUGUUUGUUUUUUGCUGUAGGCUACUAUAAAACAGGGUGAUCUGCUAUUGAAUAGAAUCCAGAAGCUCAGCCGAGUGAUAAACAUGUAG